UUUGUGCUCAUUUGUCUUUGUUUUCUGAUAGCAUCAGAGCCAGGUUUCAGCAGCAGCGCGGAGGAGGAGGAGACGUCAGGGUACGAGAGCGAGGGCGGCCCCUCUCUCUCACCUGGGGCCCCUGAAGAACCGGCGCCGUCGGUAUCUCCCUCUACCGGCCGCAGACCCCGAACUGCGUUCACCGCGGAGCAGAUCAACAGUCUGGAGAGAGCCUUCAAGAGAAACGCUUAUCUCGGAGCCCAGGACAAAGCCGAGCUCUGCAAAAGACUGAAUCUGUCUGAUAAACAGGUCGGGCCCCCCGCUCCUCACAUUUUCCAGAACCGACGCAUGAAGCUGAAACGGACCGUUCAGGACAGUCUGGCUCACGCCUGCCAGGCCAAGGUAGCCUCGCAUAUGAUGCAUUACUCCGAUCUGCACAGUUUCCGUGCCGCUCCGUAUCCCAGCUACUAUUCGGCGGUCCAGGAGACCCCGGCACCUUACGGCCCGGGAUUUCACUACAGCCCUGCUACAGCCGGAGGCCUGCCGACCCUGCCUGUGGAGGCCCUGUAUCAGUACAGCACCCUACAGAGCCUUCCUGUCCAUCCCAGCAACCCUUCCAUGAUGAGUCCAUACCAGCCCUAUCACUCGCAGUACUACAACACACAGUGAGACGAGAGACCGACAACAAAACAUUCAUUUCUGCCUGUUAAGCCUUGUGCUUUGUUUACAUCGUUGCAUUUGUGAAUACAGGGUGAAG